AUGCCAAGAUUCAUAAAUCCAACAUUAAUCCAAGUAGCAAGUGUACAAGUCUCAUUACAAGAACAAGGAAGACAAUUUCUUUUCAUCAUGGUACAAGAAAGUUCAGAUAAAAAAUAUAAGGGUCCUACAAAGACCCAAGCUACCAAGCAUGAGGAAAUCCCUGUUCGUCAAAAUUCCAAAAGGUCAUCAAACUCAAAGGGAAUCAAUGGAUGGUUGCAGCAAUCUCUCCGCCCAACCGCGGAAGGACUUCACUUCCAAACUGUCUUGAAGACGCCUCUAAAACCCGCCGGCUACCAGGCCAUAAAGAUAGAACGACAAACACACUCCACCUAG